UCCAAGCAAUCACACGCAGAGGUCUCCCCACCGUAUCUAAAGCCACCAAGCUGUCACCGUCGACAUAUCACCAACAUACCGUACCCCGACGGUGCGUACUCUCUCGCUCUCUCUCCACUGUUUCUCUCUCUUCCACGCUACCCACCAAGCCCUAGUGAGAGAAAGAAUGGGAGAAGGGAGAGAGAGAGAGGAGGAGACGGAGAGUGGGGAGAUGAAAUGUAUUAGCGACUAGUCUCUCUGUCCCGACGUUAUCUCUUCAAACCCUAAUCUCUCUCUUCCCAUCUCUGUUCUUAUCUCCUUCCGUACAGUAAAACCCUAGCUUCCUAUCCUUGUUUCAAAACCCUGAAGUUUCCUUGUCCUGGAAGUCUAGGGUUUAUGUGUUUUGGAUCUGUUAGUAUGUUUCGGCGGAGACGCUGAAGAUCCCCGGCGAUAAAGAAGCUGUUGGGUUGGGGCUUGAGGGGUGAAGAAGAGUGAGAGAUGUACGGAGACCGGGGGGUUGUUGGAUCGAAGGCUGGUUCCGUCCACGUCGAUCGGAAGCGGAUCAACGAAGCCCUAGACAGGCAGUUGGAGCGAUCGUCGCCGUCCACGUCCAAGGGGUUGAAUGGCAAGGAUAGGGACAGAUUGGCGGCGCAGUCGAUAGUGAGCGGCAGGUCCCUGUCCGAUCGGAGGGAGACUCGUCCUGCGCCUCUGUCCAAAGGCAAAUGCUCAGAGGAAUCUGAAACAGAUAGUGAAGAGUCAGAUGUCAGUGGUUCUGAGGGGGACGAUACAUCUUGGAUUUCUUGGUUUUGCAAUAUACGAGGGAAUGAGUUCUUCUGCGAAGUGGAUGAUGAUUACAUCCAAGAUGAUUUCAAUCUCUGUGGGUUAAGCAGUCAAGUUCCUUAUUUUGAGUAUGCACUUGACUUGAUUUUGGACGUUGAAUCAUCUCAUGGUAAUAUAUUCACUGAAGAACAGAAUGAAUUAGUCGAAUCAGCGGCGGAGAUGCUUUAUGGUUUGAUUCACGUUCGAUACAUUUUGACUACUAAAGGAAUGAACGCAAUGGUGAGGUUUUCUAUAAAUUCACAGCUCUAUCCUUUCAUAAAUUUAUCAAAAUUUGGGCACAUGGAAAACAUUAUGCUACCGAAAUAUUUACAGUUGGAGAAAUAUAAGAACUAUGAUUUUGGGAGAUGCCCAAGGGUUUACUGCUGUGGACAACCCUGUCUUCCAGUUGGUCAAUCAGACAUUCCUCGAUCAAGCACUGUGAAAAUCUACUGCCCCAAAUGCGAAGAUAUUUAUUACCCUCGAUCCAAGUCUCAAGGUGGUAUCCUUUAUUACAUUUACCCAUUUUUCCCUGUUUACUGGCAGCUGCCAUCUCUGCUUGCAGUUUUCAUAUUCAGGCUAUUCUUGAGCUGCAUCAAUUUAGGUAGCAAAAAUGGUCAUUUAAAAAUAUGUUACUCUGUGGUGGGGACAUGAUGAAUUCUCACUUAAAUGUGUUUUUUGCCCUAAGUGGAUAAUAAACAAUUCUGUGUUGCAUCAUUGUUAGGACUAUUUUUCUGUGCAUAAAGUUAUAUUCUUAACCAUAUGUAGACAUUGAUGGAGCCUAUUUUGGAACCACAUUUCCCCACCUGUUCCUGAUGACAUAUGGGCAUAUGAAGCCGCCAAAGGCAUCACAAGGUUAUGUUCCAAGAGUUUUUGGUUAUAAGAUCCACAAACCAUGAGAUGCUUGGAUUAAAAGCGUUGCAGAACAUUGUUGAAGAAUUGUACUUUGGAUUCAGCAAUCUACAAAUUGUGUUAAUGGAAUGUCAAGCUGGCUUUUGAUGAGAGUUCUCAUCUGCCCUUAUCAUUGCAUUGCCAGUUCUCUGUAACUUUUGUUUCUGCCUGGGAGCUGUGGUUUUGAACACUCAAGCAAACUUCAGAAGUCCCCCAAAAUUUUAGAGGCCAGGUUCACUAUUUUGUAUGGGGGCAAAAGAUUGAAAGGCAGGACGAUUGUCAACCCUUGUAUUUCUUUUCUAUUUUGGCUGCCUACUUGGUAGGCUUCUGCAAGCCCUUCUUCCCCUCCCUCCCCAACUUUAAUUUUCUUUGGCAGGGGCAAUUAAUUAAAAUGCCUCAUGAUGGCUUCUUCUGUCCUCAUUUUCUGUUUGUAUUAUUAUGGGUGCAGAGUCUGGUAGGGAUGGUCAUUCGAGUCAGUUAUGCACCAUCCUCUUAAGACUCACAUUUAUGUUAUUUGUCUAUUCAAGUUUUUGAGUGCUUAAUUCUGUCAAAAGUUUGGAGGACUUAUGCAAUGAAGUACUACAAUUCGGCUA